ACUUUGAGAAUAAGUCGUAAUGUUAGCUUUGCCAAAGGUCAUACGUUUUUCAUAGCUGUCUCAGACAAUGCCUGCUAUAUUGAUUGAGACUAAAGCCGUAAAUCUACGAGAAAACGCGUAACUAUUUCAACAGGCAUUACCUGGGACAGCUAUACAAAGGGGGGGACUUAGGUGACCUUUGGCAUUUGAUGUGGGCGGGUAAAAAGGCGGAAGUCAGUGUAGCUAGACGUGCUAAUCGCCUCGUGCGCAACUGUUUUGCUACAAGAGGAAAGAGUUCUUCCUUCCCGAACUAUGCUCAGUUUCCUCUUGGACACGUAAUUAUUACUUUAUUCUUUUAAAUUUAUGACAGUUCUCAAAAUUUAAUUCCCCUGCCCCCCAAAUCCAAUUCAAAUUUGCCGUUUUGUCUACUAAACUCAUUUUGGUCAGGUAGGCUAGCCUGGUGUAGUCGAAUUAAAUAGUGUUUACCUUCAAUUGUUGGGACUCAAUUUUAUUUGGGUCCAUGGCAGGUUAUAUAUUCAAUUUUUUUUUUUUUUUUUUAAUAGUGGUCAUGUAGUAUGCAGGAACAGUUUUGAAAACUUUCCUACACCGCAUUUGCUGUACCCCAGUACCUCAAAUUCUAAUACUGUGCUAAAUUACCAGGCUGUUUUUGCAAACAUUUCAGAACCUCAUCUUCCAGUCUUUUAUUUUGAUAUUUUUAAACCAAAAUACACCUCCUGCAGAAGUUAACACUUAAAUUAAAAUAAACACUGUGCUGCAACAAACAUUUGCAUUUUAAAACAAAAAGUUGACUUUAAAGCCAUGCUAUACCAAAACUAACUUAUUUAAACACUUGUGUUUUAACUUUGGAGCCUUUGUUCUUCUCCACAGACUUAAUGAUGCCCACAGCCACCGUUUGCUUCAGGUCUCUGGCUGCAAAGCGGCCUGUUGAGAUGGAAAAAAAGUGACGUCCAGGCAAAAUUAAACCCGUGUGAUAGUCAUACCUAAUGGAGGGUAGGUGAAGAAGCUCUCCACACACAUGGGCUUGAUGGGGACCAGUUUGACGGUGGCCGCGUCCCCAGACAUGAGCACCUGGGGGUGGUCUUCUAGCUUGUUGCCCGUGCGCCUGUCAAGCUUCUCCUUGAGCUCGGUGAAGCGACAGGUCACAUGGGCAGUGUGGCAGUCCAGGACGGGGGAGUAGCCAGUUUUGAUCUUGCCCGGAUGGUUCAGGAUGAUCACCUUAGGAGGGUGGCACAGGAUAUUUGAGACCCGAGAGCGUUCCAAAAACUGUUCCACUUAUGAACAUAGGACCAACCUGGGCUUCGAAGCUGCUGACGUCCAAGGGCGGGUCCUGCUGGGCGUUCCCGGCGACGUCCCCGCGCCGCAGGUUCUUGACUGACACAUUCUUAAUAUUGAAGCCGACAUUGUGUCCCGGCAGGGCCGUCUCAAGCCCCUGGUGGUGCAUCUCAAUGGACUUGACCUCUGCUGUUACUUUAGCCGGAGAGAACAUCAGCGUCAUGCCGGGUUUGAGGAUGCCGCUUUCGAUCUUUCCAACUGGAACGGUCCCGACCCCUGCAAAGAAAGACUGAGUUCGUGCUGCAACUUUAUCAACUUGAAACAUCUUACCUCCUAUCUUGUAGACAUCUUGCAGAGGUAAUCGUAAGGGUUUAUUGAUGGUCCGUACAGGCGGUUGAAUGGAGUCCAGCACCUCCAGCAGGGUUCUCCCACUUGUAUUCCCAUCUCGCCGCCUCACUUUCCAUCCUUGGAACCAGGGCAUCUAUAAAACGCCACUCAAGUCAGUCUGAACUUUUUAUGGUUCUAACUGAGCUUACCCUCUGCGUGGCGGUGAUCAUGUUCUCGCCGGUCCACCCAGAAAUGGGGAUGAAUGGCACGGCCGUUGAGUCGUAGCCGAUUUUUUUAAGGAAGCCGCUCACUGCCCGGACCACCUCGUCAAAGCGCUUCUGGCUGUACGGCGGCUCGGUCACAUCCAUCUUGUUGACGCACACGAUGAUUUGCUUGACGCCCAGCGUGUAGGCCAGCAGGGCGUGCUCCCUCGUCUGGCCGCUGCGGGACACCCCAGCUUCGAACUCACCUUUGGCUGCUGACACCACCAGGAGGGCUACGUCAGCCUCGGAGAAAAAUACAGAAAUCACCAAGCAGCAGUAACAUUUCAAUUGCAUUGAACUCAUGCGCAAUACUGCUCAUGACCACUAGAGGGCAUAGUUUUACAACUGAAUUGGGUUUAUUUGUGUGUAAGGUAGUUUUUACCUGUGAGGUGCCCGUUAUCAUGUUCUUAAUGAAGUCACGGUGGCCCGGAGCAUCAAUGAUGGUCAUGGUGUACUUCUGAGUGUUAAAUUUCAGCAUGGAAAUAUCAAUAGUGAUUCCACGCUCCCGCUCAGCUUUCAGUUUGUCGAGCACCCAGGCAUAUUUAAAGGAACUCUUCCCCAUCUAGAUAGGUGAAAAAAAAUUGUUAGAAGCAACUUUUUUUGUCGAGUUUACCAUUUUUUUUUGUUUUAACCUGCGCUGCAGCCUUCUCAAACUUCUCCAGCUUCCGUUGCUCGAUGCCCCCACACUUGUAGACGAGGUGGCCGGUAGUGGUGGACUUGCCGCUGUCCACAUGGCCUAUGAUCACCAGGUUGACGUGAGUCUUCUCCUUCACCAUGAUGCUUUGCGGUCUCUUGUGGUUGGUUCAGACGUGUUCUUCCUCGCAUGUAUUCUGUGGAUUUGAAUUGUGGGCCGCCUCCUGUGAAGUUUCUUUAUACUGGUGCUAAAAUUGAGGACAGGUGUGAUGCCUAAUUAUCCCUAAUUGUCUUCCUGCCUUGCAGUUUUGGUCAAAAUUAGACUCGACGCCACACAGUCCUGCAGUUGGAAUUGUUUGGUAUGGGAAAAGGUCAUACAUCUUCAGGCUACAGCAACAACAAAUUUGAUCAUCCUAUGAACAAUUACUACCAGCAGUCAGGAACACGCAAACAGAGGCCGACCUCUGCUGGAGGAUUGAGACCAGAGGCCACCAGCCAGGCCGGGCCUCCCUGCUCCUGACCCCACUGCUCUACAUCAGCGCUGCUAGCAGGUAUCAACAUGGGGAACCUGCUGAAGGUUUUGACCUGCACAGAUCUGGAACAGGAGCCCAAUUUUUUCCUGGAUUUUGAAAACGCGCGGCCCACGGACGCCGAGCGUGAGGUGUGGGAGGACGUGGACGUGGUGCUGAAGGACGCCAAGGCCAUCCUGGACGAGCUGCAAGCCUACAAAGGAGCCGGACAGGAGAUCAGAGAGGCCAUCCAGAACCCAAACGACGAGGCGCUACAGGAGCAAGCGUGGGCGGCGGUGGUCCCCCUAGUGGGGAGACUGAAGAAGUUCUACGAGUUCUCCCAGAGAUUAGAGGCGGCGCUGCACAGCCUGCUGGGCGCCCUGACCAGCGAGACGUACGCCGACCCCACGCAGCACCUGGAGCGGGAGCAGGCGCUCGCUAAGCAGUUUGCCGAAAUCCUGCACUUCACCCUCCGCUUUGAUGAGCUGAAAAUGACAACUCCAGCCAUCCAGAAUGACUUCAGCUACUACAGAAGAACGCUGAGUCGCAUGCGCAUCAACAAUCUACCGGCGGAGGGUGAGAAUGAAGUCAACAACGAGCUGGCCAACAGGAUAUCGCUCUUCUACGCCGACGCCACGCCCAUGCUGAAGACGCUAAGCGACGGCACCACCAGAUUCGUAUCCGAGAACAAGAACCUGCCUAUCGAGAACACCACGGACUGCCUGAGCACCAUGGCGAGCGUCUGCAAAGUCAUGCUGGAAACGCCGGAAUACCGCAGCCGUUUCGCCAGCGAGGAGACGGUGUCCUUCUGCCUGCGGGUGAUGGUGGGCGUCAUCAUUCUCUACGACUACGUUCACCCCGUCGGCGCCUUCGCCAAGUCGUCAAAGAUCGACAUGAAAGGAUGCAUCAAAGUGCUGAAGGACCAGCCUCCCAACAGCGUGGACGGACUCCUCAACGCUCUCAGGUACACCACCAAGCAUCUUAACGACGAGUCCACCAACAAGACCAUCAAGCUGAUGCUGCAGUAGCACCGAGGGGAGGGGCCACGCCACGCCACGCCGCUCACCGGACCAGUACCGGCCCACGGAAUGUCUUUUUUUUUUCUUUUGGUUCUUUUUCUAAUAGAAAAAGAGCUACAGCUUUGUCCUCUUUUUUUUAAAUAUUAUUUUUAAUAAUGCAAAAUGCUACUGCCGUCAUGAACGUCUUUUUACGUGCCAAAAAAGAUGUCGCCGAGCUCCCACGUUUUCCCCGUAAAGAGCCGCAAUGCAACAAUGGCGGCCGACGGAAACACUGGAGCUCCUUUUUAAAAACCACUCCCUCUUCUUAACAAGACGGGGGUGCUCUGACUUGAACAUUUAAGAGAGAGAAAUAUAUAAAGAAGUAUAUCAUAUUUUUGUUUGAUUUGUUAUUUAAUAUGACGUCCUCCUGCAUGAUAAAUGAUUCUUACCCCCCCCCCCUCCCAACCACCUAUUUAAAUUUUGUCUGCGCUGUUGUGUGCUGUCACUGAAAUGGUACUUAUCGCAAUGACAUUCAAGAGUACAUAUUUUUUAUAGCUGUUCAUGAAGUUAAGUUGUGUUUUUAUUAUGUUUUAUUAUGUUUUGGCCGACUUUUAAAAACUGUGAUGUGUGUAAAAUGAAAAAAAAAACGGACGCGGAGAAUUAAAAGGAGAACUUUUGUUUUUCUACAAGACUGUUUUGUCGGAAUGUUUCUUUAAAAAAAAAAAAAAGGUACCCGAAUACAAAAGUCA